AUGACGAUAAGCAGACGUCAGCCAUUGCUAUAUUUCUUGCUACUCAUCUUACUGUUGCAAUGGUCCACUGCAACGAACGACCAAAAUGACGACACUUAUUAUCAGGAUGUGAAUUAUUACGAUACGCUAGCGAAUUCAAUCAAUUUCGAUGUCGAUAAAGCGCUUUUACAACAGCGUUUAAACGGAAAUACACAACCUCAAUCAGAGCGUUUUGAGCGGGUGCAUCCAAUGGAUAGUUUCCAGACGGACGACGAUAGAGAAGAGGAUGAGUUGGAGAAUAAAGAAGAAAGUGAAAUGAAGCGCGAUCCCUUAUUUGUGACAGAUGAUCAGCCACUGAAUCGCAAACGCGACGCAAGCGAUAACGAUAACUCACAGCAUCACGAGCAGGAACAAAAAGCCGCCUACACCUGUCACGCACAAACACCCGAGCAGCAGGCGUGUUUAGAUGCGGCCGUAAAGGAUACCAAGGACACAAUUGAGCAUGUAACGGGUUUGAUAAAGCGCAUGCGUGAACAUGCCGUGUCCAUUGUGAAAGAGAUUAACGAACUGGAAGGUGAUUUUCUGGGCGCUUGUCAAGAUGAACGACCCAAGGCAGUCUGUCCGAAAAGACCGCCGAGUAGAGGUAAUUGUAAAGGGCGUAACGGUUUUGCUGAAGAAGAUGAACCGAACAGCAGCUACAAUGAUGGCAUCGGCGGUUUCAAGCGUAUCUACGUAGAAGCAGGACCUGCGAGUAGUAACCAAAAAACCAAUGAAAAUUCCAACAGUCCCGCCGCUCUCAAUGAUCAACAAAAUGAAAACAAUAAUAACGGUAAUGAAGGCGGCAAUAACAAUCAAAAUGUGAAUACGAAUACGAAUUCAAAACCAAAUUCUAAAGGUGCGCCCACUAAGCCGCGCAUACUGGUCAACGAGUUCGCUAUGCCCUUAAAAGCCGAUAUCUCGGAUUUGCCACCAAACGAAUUCAUAGAGCAAGCGCAAUAUGCGGUGCGCGCAUGGAAAAAUCAAAUUGAGGAAUGUAAGCGACUGCUCGACGAAGCAAUGCUGCGUGCCACACAACGUGAGUCCGCCGAAGGUGUUGACAAUCCAAAUACGAGCGUACAGCAUAUUAUAAAAAUCAUUACAACGCCCGAUGAAGCAAAUACCAUGCAUGAGGAUGACGUGGCACCGCCGGCAGCAGCAUCCAUAACGCCCAUACAUAGUGCCAGCAUAAAAGAAACGAAAAUUGCUAAUAAAAAUAGUAAUAUCAAUAUUGACAACCCGACUGCGUUGACUAAAGCACCGUUAACAAAUGACAAAAUUAAUGAUAAAAUCAGCAUUUCCGGUGAUGACAUGAAAGCGGUGCGUGGCGAUAAUAAUAACGACGCCGAUAACGAUACCGAUACCGAUAUGAAUGAUAGCUCAAAUAACAGUAAACGCAACGAUAACACGAAGAAGUGUCGCAGCGAUAAAGAGAAGAAACAUCGUGCUUUACCGCCGCUCCUGAGCGUAUUGCAGGGCAUGGGUUUUUAA